AUGACGUCUAAGAUAUUGAAAAGAUCUGCAGAAGAAUGGGGGGGAUCUUAUGAGCGAAAAAGACGUCCUUCUUUUGUAUUCAAUGGUUGGCUGUUUAUUCACUCAGUAUCAGAUGGAACAAGCCGUGCAGGUCUGACAUCAUAA